AUGGGAAGAGGACCAGGUUCUAGCCAUCUCACCUCUGACCAAAUCUUGAGACUCCUAGGAGACCAUGCCCGCCCCCACCAGCAUCUCGACGAUCCGGACCGGUCCCUGCGGCUCUCUAUGCUGUGGGGCAGGCUGGAUUCUUGCUGGCUGAGAGUCGAGCUUCAACGUUCCAUUAAAGUCCUUCAGGCUCACUUGCCCCGUCGGAGGCUGGUGACUAACAGCCCGAGCAGCACCGCUCAGGCUGAGCAGCAGAGUGGGGCCGUGGUGACUAAAGCUCCCACUGUCCCAAGCAGCCGGGGGGAGUAUAUCGUCGCCAAACUAGAUGAUCUGGUGAAUUGGGCCCGAAGGAGCUCCCUGUGGCCAAUGACCUUUGGCUUAGCUUGCUGUGCUGUGGAGAUGAUGCACAUGGCGGCCCCCCGCUAUGACAUGGAUCGGUUCGGUGUGGUGUUCCGCGCCAGCCCUCGCCAAUCUGAUGUGAUGAUUGUGGCUGGCACCCUGACCAAUAAGAUGGCCCCAGCCCUCCGCAAGGUGUAUGACCAGAUGCCAGAGCCUCGAUAUGUGGUCUCCAUGGGGAGCUGCGCCAACGGCGGCGGCUACUACCACUAUUCGUACUCCGUAGUGAGGGGCUGUGAUCGGAUUGUGCCAGUAGACAUCUACGUCCCUGGCUGCCCACCCACCGCAGAGGCUCUACUGUAUGGGAUCCUGCAGCUCCAGAAGAAAAUCAAACGGGAGAACAGGAUAAAAAUCUGGUACAGGCGGUAGAUGGACAUCCCCCAGCUCCCUGAGUGGGAAGUGACCCUCAACCAUGUGUGGGAGAAAGCGUGUCAUGGGAACCCAUUUGUAUGAUUUAUGUAUCUUGUUUCCUUCUCCGGGUUCCCCACCAUAUCUCAAUAAACCAGUCUAAAGCUUC